AUGCUGCAGAACCCGCUCGAGCGCAUCCGCCUCCAGCGUGCCAAGAAGGUGCUCGACAUGCAGCAAGACCAGCUGCGGUCGCAAAUGCGCAUGGAAGGCGAGCACAAGCGAUCGCACGACCCGUACCAGCACGUCAUAGCGUCGCCGCGGUCGUCGUCGUCCUAUGUGCGGCUCCCGCCCGCCACAUACAAGGGUGUCCCGAUCGCGUCGUACCCCAAGACGCGCGAGUUCUGGGCCACUGUCGACUUUACAAAGCUCUCGACGCGCCAGCUCCGCGCGGCCGCGGACCUCCUUGGCGUCGACUUGGACGGAAAGAAGGUCGCGCUUGUCGCUCGCCUUCAAGAUUGGGUCAACGCGGCCGCCAUUGAAGCUCGGCGCAAGCAGCUCGAGAAGGAAGCCCGGAAGCGGGAGCGCCUCGAAGCCUCGGGCGGCGUCUUUGGCUGUGGCAACAACUUUGCGGGCCAGCUCGGUCUCGGCCAUCGCGAUGCGAUGGCAAUGUUUACAGGCUUUGAUGCGGACUUUGCCUACGCGCUCUCGGCUGACGGCGAAGUGUUUGGCUGGGGCGGCAACGGCGUCGCCCCGAUUGGACACUUGCCGCGCGAGGUGUACGAUGUCAACCAAGAGGGCGACCACGGCCCUCUCAACGAUACCUUUCUGCUGCCUCGCGUCGUCCGGAGCCUCCGCGUCGAGGAGGUUGUGAGCAUCUCUUGCUCGCGCGCGUCGGGCCACGUCGUCGCGCUCAACUCGUCCGGGCAGUGCUUUGGGUGGGGCAAAAACGAUUUUGGCGAACUCGGCCUUGGCCACGUGCGGUCGCCUCCGGCGCCGGGGCCGCAGCUGCUCGAGAACUUGCGCAACAUGGUGGUCACAAGUGUCGGUGUCGGCCACUGCCACACGGUUGUGAGCACAAACGGAGGCCACGUGUACGCCUUUGGCGCCGCAUGGGGAGGACAGCUGGGCGUCGGCGGCACGAAGCGGGAAGGGAUCAAGGACCCGCACCUUCAGGUGUGUUUUCCGUCCCCAACGCUCGUAUCGUUUCCGGUGCCUGUCAAAGUGUCGUCCGUGGCGUGCGGUGCUGUCCACACGGCCGUCGUCACGACGUCUGGCCAUCUCUACACGUUUGGUUGUGGCGACGGCGGCCGUCUCGGUCUCCAGACGACUGGCGACGUCAUUGCACCGACGCUCGUGACAGCACUCGAAGCGGACUUUGUCUGGCGCGUCACGUGUGGCAACUGGCACACGCUCUGCAUUGCCGGUCCGCGCACCAAAGCCGCGUCGUCGACGACCUUGCGACACGGGUGGGUCUACGCCUUCGGGACCGGCCUGCACGGUCAACUGGGCCUCGGCAAACAAAAGCAAGCCUUGCUUCCAACUCGCGUGCCAGAGCUGCAGCGUCGAAAGGUCAAGUGCAUCGAUGUCCACGUCUCGGCGUACCACUCGGUUGCGCUCGGGGCCGACGGCUCGGUCUUUACGUGGGGUCGAAAUGCAUCCGGGUGCCUCGGCCGCACGACGCCCGACGAGAUCGCACCCGACCCAGAUGUCGUCGCCGCUGUCAAGACAUGGGGGUACGGCCCCGUGGCCUCCAUAGCUUGUGGCUGCCGCUUUACGCUCCUACUGGCGUCGCCGUGGCCAGGCAUCAAGAAGGAAGCGUUCCACGAUGUGCAGACGAUGAAUUUGCGCCGUAAAAUGACUGACAGCGCGCCCGAAGCCCCUCGCUUGGACGACGACGCCGAUGGAUAA